AGCAAUUGAAACUCGCCAUCUCCUGCUUGCCAUUAAUAAUGCCAUAUCGACAGGAAAUCGCCGCCCCCCGCCCAUUGUCUUUGCAAAGGACCACGAUGCACAACACGACUCGUUGGCAGCAAUUGCUCUAUCUGUAUGGUGGAGACCAGUAAGAGACUCCCCCUCCCUCAGUUUGUGCUGGUUUCUAUCCGCCUUGUAUCCAUUGCCUGCGCCGUGAUGACCUCGUUGUUUUUUUCCCCUCACCCCUCUACCUAUUCUUCACGAUAUACACACUGUGGGAGCUUGCGUUGCCCUAAUUUGAUCAUUGGCUCGAUUGGGAAUGAGUUGGACGCGAAUCAGAAAUCUAGACCGCGACGGUGGCUUGGUAUUCUUGCUUUGUUCUUUUCUUGGAGACGCAGCACACCCCUUGGGGGAGCAUGCAUGACUUGGGGAAAGGGGAAGAUGAAGCCACUUGAGCACGCGAGCGAGCGUCCGGGCCAAAAAAAAAAAGGGAAGCAUCUCGAGGCUAACUGAAACCCGCCCCUUGGGGUCCCGACCACCAAAAGGCCCUGGGAUUCCUCACUAUGGGUCACUUCAGAUGAUCGUGUCCGCGGAGGCGCCAGCCAGUCCCACCUCUCCGUGAUAAACCCCGAAAAGGCCCGCUUCUACGGCCAUCUCGAUACCCAGACGCUUGGUGGUGCCGGCUUCGCAUCGCAGCACAGCUUGGGCGUGCUGGACUGGGACCUUUCCGGCUACGAGGGCAUCGUCAUUGCGGUAGCCGAAGCCGAUGGCAAACGCUACGCGCUGACGCUCAAGGACGAGAUACCUCCGAAGAGGGGCGACGGGCGUGAAGAGGCCGGUAUUAGUUGGGAGGCCGAAUUCACGGUUUCGCAGGGCAGAUCGGAUUACGACUUGAAGACGGUCUUUUUGCCGUGGAGUGCGUUUAAGCCGACGUAUCGAGGCAGGCCGAAGCCGGAUGCGAAGCCGUUGGACCUGUCCAAUGUCAAGCGAGUUGGUUUGAUGAUGCGAAGUUUCUUUGGAGAUCAAGAGGGAGAUUUCUCCAUCGAAAUCCACGCCAUUGCGGCGAGGAGGGAGAUUGAAGAGGAGGAGGAAGAGGAAGAGGAAGCCGAUGACCCCAAGGCUGCUGCUGUGGAAGCUGCAGCGUUGAAGAAGCCGCAGACUCGUCGAAGUUGGUUGCGACGGUUGCUAUGCGGGUUGAUUUGAAGGAGCUGCUUCGAUUGAAUCGAUGAGGGGCAAGUGAAAAUAAUGAAGGAUAUAAUCUACAGUUUCCAAGUUGCCGGAGUAUACGGCUUACGACAACAUGGAACUUAUACAUCAAACAGACAGACACUGCACUGCUAAUC